AUUUGUGCAAGUUGGCCAAGAUGUUCACCGUUUCCCAGACCUCGCGAGCAUGGUUCAUCGACAGGGCCCGCCAGGCCCGAGAGGAGCGGCUGGUGCAGAAGGAGCGGGAGCGGGCGGCCGUGGAGAUCCAGGCCCACGUCCGGAGCUUCCUCUGUCGGAACCGGUUGCGGAGAGAGAUCAGGAAAGAGAUUGAUGAAUAUUUUGAAGCUGAUGAUUCUGGGUCCAGUAAAAGAAGUGCUCUUGGUACUUUUAAGAUCGCCAGGAAACUGCUCUUUGUGUUCAAAUUUAAAAAGGACGAUGAGAGGUUUGAGAAACUGUGUCGCUGCAUCCUGAGUAGCAUGGACGCUGAGAAUGAGCCCAAGAUGUGGUAUGAGUCCCUGGCUCUUUCCAAGGACCUCACCCUCCUGUGGAUCAAGCAGAUCAAGGACAUUCUGUGGUAUUGCUGUCAGUUUCUUCAGCAGCUCAAGCCUGAAAUUUUACAUGACUCCAAACUUGUGACACUGUUCCUCACAAUGCUCGUUACCUUCACCGACGCUUCCACUUGGAACAUUCUCCGGGGCAAGGGUGAGAGUUUCCGGCCAGCCAUGAACCACAUUUGUGCGAAUAUUAUGGGGCACCUGAACCAGCGAGGCUUCUACUCUGUACUCCAGAUCUUGUUGACCCGUGGCCUGGCGCGACCCCGCCCUUGCCUGUCCAAAGGCCCGCUGACUGCAGCCUUUUCCCUGGCGCUGCGCCCUGUGGUUGCGGCCCAGUUCUCAGACAAUCUGCUCCGACCGUUCCUCAUCCACAUCAUGUCUGUGCCUGCCCUUGUGACUCACCUCAGCACAGUGACCCCUGAGCGUCUCGCGGUCUUAGAAUCUCAUGACAUGCUUCGUAAAUUCAUUGGAUAUUUGAGAGAUGAAAAUCGAUGCCAGGAUGUGUGUGAAAGUUUAGAAGGAUGCCACACCCUCUGUCUCAUGGGCAACCUGCUACACUUGGGGUCACUCAGUCCCCGGGUGCUGGAGGAGGAGACGGACGGGUUUGUGCGCCUGCUCACGCAGAUGUUGUGCUACUGCCAGAAGUAUGUGUCCCAGAAGAAGUCCAACCUCACCCACUGGCACCCUGUGCUUGGCUGGUUCUCCCAGUCUGUGGACUAUGGCCUGAACGAGUCGAUGCCCCUGGUGACCAAACAGCUGCAGUUCCUCUGGGGGGUGCCCCUGAUCCGCAUCUUCUUCUGUGACAUUCUCAGCAAGAAGCUGCUGGAGAACCAGGAGCCGGCGGCACAGGCGCUGCCGACUUCGCCCCAGAACGUGCUCCCUGUGAAGAGCCUCCUGAAACGCGCCUUCCAGCGCUCCACCUCGGUCCGCCACAUCCUCAGGCCGGUGGGGGGCCGGCGAGUGGACUCGGCUGAGGUGCAGAAGGUGUGCAGUACCUGCGUCCUCUACCAGACCUUGCUCACCACGCUGACUCAGAUCCGCCUGCAGAUCCUCACAGGCCUCACGUACCUUGAUGACCUACUGCCCAAGCUCUGGGCCUUCAUCUGUGAGCUGGGGCCCCACGGCGGGCUGAAGCUCUUUCUAGAAUGCCUGAGCACCGACACGGAGGAGUCCAAGCAGCUCUUGGCCAUGCUGAUGCUCUUCUGCGACUGCUCUCGCCACCUCAUCACGAUCCUUGAUGACAUUGAAGUCUAUGAAGAGCAGAUUUCAUUCAAACUGGAGGAGCUGGUCACCAUCUCGUCCUUUCUGAAUUCCUUCGUCUUUAAGAUGAUCUGGGAUGGCAUCGUAGAGACUGCCAAGGGUGAGACCCUGCAGCUGUUCCAGUCGGUGCACGGAUGGCUGAUGGUGCUGUAUGAGCGGGACUGCCGAAGGCGCUUCGCCCCUGAGGACCACUGGCUGCGCAAGGAUCUCAAGCCCAGCGUGCUCUUCCAAGAACUUGACAAGGACCGCAAAAGGGCGCAGCUCAUCCUGCAGUACAUCCCUCACGUCAUCCCUCACAAAAACAGAGUGCUCCUGUUCCGAAACAUGGUUAUCAAGGAGAAGGAGAAGCUGGGGCUGGUGGAGACGAGCUCCGCCUCCCCCCACGUCACGCACAUCACCAUCCGCCGCUCCCGGAUGCUGGAGGAUGGCUACGAGCAGCUGCGGCAGCUCUCCCAGCACACCAUGAAGGGUGUGAUCCGCGUGAAAUUCGUCAACGACCUUGGCGUGGACGAGGCCGGCAUCGACCAGGACGGCGUCUUCAAGGAGUUCCUGGAAGAGAUCAUCAAGCGUGUGUUCGACCCGGCACUCAACCUCUUCAAGACCACCAGUGGUGAUGAGCGACUCUACCCUUCACCCACCUCCUACAUCCACGAGAAUUACUUGCAGCUUUUCGAGUUUGUGGGCAAGAUGCUGGGCAAAGCCGUGUACGAGGGCAUCGUGGUGGAUGUGCCCUUCGCCUCUUUCUUUCUGAGCCAGCUGCUCGGCCACCACCACAGCGUCUUCUACAGUUCUGUGGACGAGCUUCCCUCUCUGGACUCGGAGUUCUACAAGAACCUCACUUCCAUCAAGCGCUACGACGGGGACAUCGCUGACCUGGGGUUGACGCUGUCCUACGAUGAGGAUGUCAUGGGCCAGCUUGUGUGCCACGAACUGGUCCCCGGAGGGAAGACCAUUCCUGUCACGAAUGAAAACAAGAUUAGCUACAUCCACCUGAUGGCCCACUUUCGGAUGCACACGCAGAUCAAGAGCCAGACGGCUGCGCUCAUCGGCGGCUUCCGCUCCCUCAUCAGGCCCGAGUGGACCCGCAUGUUCUCCACACCUGAGCUCCAGCGGCUCAUCUCAGGCGACAACGCAGAAAUCGACCUGGAGGAUCUGAAGAAGCACACGGUGUACUAUGGCGGCUUCCACGGAAGCCACAGGGUCAUCAUCUGGCUCUGGGACAUCCUGGCCUCCGACUUCACACCCGAAGAGAGAGCCAUGUUCCUGAAGUUCGUCACCAGCUGCUCCAGGCCCCCACUCCUGGGCUUCGCCUACCUCAAGCCUCCUUUCUCCAUCCGCUGCGUGGAAGUGUCCGACGACCAGGACACUGGCGACACCCUGGGCAGUGUCCUCCGCGGCUUCUUCACUAUCCGCAAGCGGGAGCCCGGAGGCCGGCUGCCCACCUCGUCCACCUGCUUCAACCUGCUCAAGCUGCCCAACUAUAGCAAGAAGAGCGUCCUGCGGGAGAAGCUGCGCUACGCCAUCAGCAUGAACACCGGCUUCGAGCUCUCCUAGCCGCCCAGUCUGGCCUGGCACAGCACGACACAGCCUGGCAUACUCCCGGCCCCCGGCUUCCCGAGCGUACGGCCGAUGGGCCUGGUGCCUAGCCCAGCCCCUCUAUAGCCAUAGCCUCCCCUGUGGCCUCACAAGCCCUGGGCACCCCACCCCGGCCACUCUCCGCAGGCAGCACACACACAUGCACACAUGUGGUAGGACACGAGGGAAAUAAACCUCCAGGCUUGCCAGCACCAGGCCCAUGGGAUAGCCAGGGACUUGCUCUUCCCAACGGGUCGGUCCCCAGACUAUCUCCUGCCUUGUGGAACGAAGGGUGUGUGUGUGUGUGAGUGUGUCUGUGUGUUCGAACACUUUUCUCAGGUAAGGCCUCGCCAAGCCUCUAUGCACCCAACAUGGUGUCAGCCUUCGUCUGCGGCCAGGUGCCGCAGGGAGGCCACGGAGCACAGGCACCCUCUGGGGGCCCUCCGUCCCCACCCUGGCCGUGGUCCCCUUCCUGCCUGCCUCAGUGGCUGCCCCAGGGAGGCCCAAUUACGGCCUCUUUGCCCUCAUAAGCUUGUCCUGAGUAGGGGCUGGCCCCUCCGGUCUUCAGAGCAGCUCCAUCGGCUCAGUCUGUGGAUUCUCGAGGGACGGGGACACCCAUCUUCCUGCUCGCCUGCCCGCCUUCUCUUGUAGGGAACAAAGGCGGACCAUGGGUGGGUCCGGGCCCAGCCAGGCAGUGACUCCCCUCCCUUCCCCCACAGUGUCCAGUUCCCAGAACCCCAGUGCCCGUGCAGUCUCCGAGGCUGAGGAUGCCUAUUGGCGGGUGCUCCCAAGUUUGCAAUUGUGGGGCCCCUAGGCUGCCCCUCUGUCAGGAGAACUUGAGAAGAGGCUUUGGUCUGACACUGCCUCUCAGCCCUGCACAUCUCCACCGAGGGCGAAACCAGUGGCCACCUGCUCUGUGGGGCUCCCUGCCACGCUGCACACCUCCGAGAA